AUGGCCGUGCGUGCCCCAGCAAAAAAUGACUGUAGCUGCGAGCAGACUAGCUUACAUUUACAUGCUGAAAUCGAAAAUCUAAAACAAAAGCUCUUAGAAAGAGAAAAUCACAUUGUCAACAUGGAGACUAAUUUUCUUUGUGAAGCUGAAAAAUUUCCCCAUGGAGAGUAUGCUGCAUUAACAGAUGAAAUAUUAAUAUGGCAAGACAAAUAUUCUAGAUUAUUAGAAUCACAUAAGAGAGUCCAACGUGUCAACCAAAGUCUUGAAGAUAAAUUAUUGUUACUUGUUGAUAAAACUGAAUCCGAAAAGAAUGUAUUAAACUCAGAAAUCACAAUUAUAUCACAGAAACUGGUUGACCAACAAUUUCAAGUGAAUCAAUUGAACGAUGAAAAUGAGAGGUAUAAAAAUGAUCUUAAUAUUGCUAUUCAAUUACUUCAAUGCAAACCAUCUCAUUUUGUGUCUCAAAAAUAUGAUAAUCUGCCUGGUGAAUUACAAUCCAAAGUUCGAAAUUAUAUUUUUAGCAAACAACGACGAUUGUCAGAUGGUAAUGGUAACAUAGCACAGAAAUCAGAAGGAAAAACUAUAAAAGUACCAAUUCCUACAUUUCCUCCGACAGCAAUGGUUUAUUCAUUGAGUAAUGAUAAAGAUCUAAAGUCAUCAAGAGACACCGAAGAAGGAUCAUCACAACCUGUAAACAGUGUUUCAGCAGCAAUCCUGGCAAAAGUCUUAGAAGAAAGAGUCAAAGAGCGGUUAACUCAACGACACUGCUCUACUUGUUCAUGUGCUAACAAAACUGGUGACCCUAAUACAGACCAACAGGAAUGUCAUUCACCUCAAACAGACUCCGCUGAUAAGCGAAUGCGCACCCUCACUAAAUAUAGUAAACGACCAAUGACUGCCAAAAGUUCAGAAUCUCUAGUGUCAGAACCAGAAUUGUCGUCAUAUUUUGAAAACUCUGUAUCUUUAACUGAUUCUUCUGAUAGUGGACUAAAAUUAUCAGCUCGGUCUAGAUUAUGUUCAGUACGCUUGCAAGAAGGCAGUAAUAAUAUAUUGUUAGAUAAUGCUGCAACACCAUAUACAGGUCCUAUUCUUUAUAAAAGUCGUUCCUCUAGUGGUGAGUAUGAUGAACCUUUAGUGCACGCACAAAAAUUGGUUGAUCGUAACAUCCAUGCAAACGAACACACACGCAUAAUGAUUUCAGACGAAGAAAUUAUUUAA